UUCAUUGAACGCUAUUCAGCUUACUUCAACAUUAUCAGCGUUGGAGAUGAUGAGUUAAGCGUGUUCCUCCCCGUUAAAUAUUUAAAGACCCACCUUUGUAGUUCUUGGAUGCAAUCAACUGAAAGAGUAAUUUAACGAAUUGGAAUUUGGAUAGCGCGGUUUUCGUCUCUAGAAGAUAUGAGAGUUGUUGCCAUAGAAUUGGGUUUACAUUCUCUCUUUGCAUGGAUUUUUCUCUCCUUCGGAAGGGCAACUCCAAAACAAUCUUCGAUUUGCAUGCAGCCUAUGGAAACUGUGCCGUGUAAAGACACAACCUUCAAAACUUUUUGGUAUUACAAUGCCACUACAAGGGAAUGUGUAAAGUCUAAGGGAUGUAGUGGCGACAACAAUAACUUUAGGACUGGAGCUGAAUGCAAAAGAAAGUGCACAGAAGCAUUCCAACAAUUGAAGCAAAAAAACAACACUGUAACUGGAAAAAGACUGGGAAAGACUGGGAAUGAUGGAAACACAGCUUCAGUCAAUCAACAAUCCAGUAGACUUAAAAAAAAAAAGGAUCUGAAUUCUGAAAGAGGGGGAAAUUUAGUUUCAAUUGGUAAUCAGUCUCAAGCAUUCAAAGACAAAGAAAACGUUGCACCAGAAUCCAAAACUAAAAAUGGAAGUAAUGAAUUACUCAAUGAGCAGUCCCAGGCAUCUAAAAAAGAAUGGAAUCCUAUGUUUGAAUCCAGUAAAAACAAAAGUACAGAGCCAGGCAAUGAACAUUCUCAAUCAUCUAAUGUAGAAGGGAGUCACAGGUCUGGAUCCAGGAAAAAUGAAAGUGCAGAUUCAGUGAAAGGAUCAUCUCAAGUAAUGUCUGGAUCCAGCAACAAUAGACCUACAGAAUUAGAGAAUGGACAGUCCCAAGUACCUAAAGAAAGAGAGAAUCCUGCGUCUAGGUCCAGUAACAACAGAACUGUAGAUAUAGAGAACGGACAGUCCCAAGAAUCCAAAGAAGAAGGGAAUUCUACUUCUGGGUCCAGGAACAAUAGACCUACAGAUUCAGUGAAUAGACAUACCCAAGUACCCAAAGAAGAAGGGAAUCCUACGUCUGGGCUCAGGAACAAUAGGCCAACAGAUUCAGAGAAUGGACAUUCCCAAGUACCCAAAGGAGACGGGAAUCCCACGUCUGGGCUCAGGAACAAUAGACCAACAGAUUCAGAGAAUGGACAUUCCCAAGUACCCAAAGGAGAAGGGAAUCCUACGUCUGGGCUCAGGAACAAUAGACUAACAGAUUCAGAGAAUGGACAUUCCCAAGUACCCAAAGAAGAAGGGAAUCCUACGUCUGGGCUCAGGAACAAUAGACUAACAGAUUCAGAGAAUGGACAGUCCCAAGUACCCAAAGGAGAAGAGAAUGUUUCACCCCAGCCUAGUAUAGAGGAACAUGCAGAUUCAGUCAAUAAACAGUACCGAGAACCUAGUGAAGAGAAAACUCAUCAGCAAGAAUUCAGGAAAGUUGGUAGAGAUGGUGAAGUAAAGGAAGAACCGAAUACUGGAGGCUAUCAAAGGGGACAGGAGGACCUUGAGGAUCGCCUGGAUGUACGUUUUCAAGAUUUUACAAAGGAUGGCAUCUAUCGUGGUUCAGAUCCAUAUGAACACACAUCAAGUCAUUUUGCUGCCUAUUUCUUAACUUCCAUUGUAAUGGUUUUUGCUGCUUAUGCUGCUUAUCACAACAGACAAAAGAUCAUAGCAAUCAUUAUAGAGGGCAAGAAUGAUGGCAGUAGCAGAAGACGUGGCUACAGGAGACUGGAAACUAACGUAGAAGAAGCCAUGCCGUCACUGAAAAAUGCAAACUCGACAUACGUUUAUUAGAAAUUCGGUAGAGUGACAAUUAGUUAGUUUAUUUACGGAAAAGAACAAAAUAUGUAGCAAUUUGUCAAAACAAACAGACAAAGGGAAUGGAAUGUAAAAGGUAUUCGAUGGAAAGUUAACCAUUUGUUGCUGAUUUUUUAAGCGACUUUGAGCAAGUAUUUAAUGAAAGUGUUUCAAAAGUAUCAAUAAACCGGACUUUCGUUGUUGCCUUUGCCUUUCAAAAUACGUUAAAUUUCUAAGUCCAUCUAUCUGCAAUGGUGUAAAAAAUUUUGUGAUGGACUAGCAUCCGUUGCUAGUGCGUGGGCUUUAAUAUAUUAGUUAACAAAGUUUUUUAAUGUAGUUCAUUAUAAUUAAAAAAAAAAACGAUGGAUUAAAUGCUGGGAUUGUACCUGUU